AUGCCCUCUGCCCAGUUGCGAAUGCUUGAUUCCCUCCGUCAAACUGUCGAUACCGCCUGCACAGACCAGAAGGCGGACAUCCCAGGUGCGACCGUUGUAAUUGUAGGGCGAGAUGGCAAAGAACUUUUUGCUCACUGCGCAGGCAAGCGUGGCGUCAAUAGCCAUGAGCCAAUGACCCAGGACAAUGUAUACUGGAUUGCAUCUUGCACCAAGCUGAUUGUUGGCAUAGCUCUUUUGCAGCUCGUGGAACAAGGUAAAAUCGCCUUGGACAACUCAAGCCAAUUGGAGGAGUUAUGCCCGGAGUUGAAAAGUGUCAAGGUUUUGCAAGAUGACGGUACAUUGGUGGAGAAGAAAACGGGGAUUACUCUCCGAAUGCUCUUGACCCAUACUGCUGGAUUCGGGUACACUUUCUUCAAUGAGAAGCUUCGAGAUUAUAGUUUUCCUGUUGGCUACGAUGAGUUCUCCGGAAGUAUGCACGACAUGCUGCAACCGUUGGUUAACCAACCAGGAGAGGCAUGGGAAUACGGCAUCAACAUAGAUUGGGCUGGUAUUGCCCUCGAGCGAGUCACCGGAAAAUCCCUUAACGAAUACCUUCACGAGAAUAUCUUCAAGCCCCUAGGUCUCAGCGACAUUUCCAUGAUUCCAACAAAGUCCAUGAAGAGCAAGCUAGCCUACAUGAACCAACGAAAUCCGGACGGACCCUUGAUGAGUCGGGAUCAUCCACUUCGACGGCCACUGGUGGUGGAAUCUGCAGAGGAAAUCUCCUCCUGCUUUAAUAGUGGCGGGGCCGGCUGCUUUGCUAAACCUCGAGACUAUUGCCAGAUCCUUGCGACACUUCUCAACAACGGAACUUCGCCCACUACAGGUGCCCGAAUUUUGGCUGAAACAACCGUCGAAGAAAUGUUUCGCAACCAAAUCGAGAAGUUUCCUAACUUUGGGAGGCAAGGAAUUCCAGCCGCGAAGCCGGACUUGACCAAUGUUAUCCCGGAAAUCUACCCGGUUUCUGGAAAUCCGGCUCAAGGUUGGGGGCUCACGAUGAUGCUGAGUAAUGGGGGUGCAACUGGGAGAUCAACCGGGGCCGGUUUCUGGGCCGGAUUGCCGAACCUAUGGUGGUGGUGCGAUAGAGAGAACGGGGUUGCUGGCAUAAUUUGCACACAAAUCCUACCUUUUGCAGAUGGGAAGGUUUUAGGGAUGUGGGUUGAUAUCGAAAGCAAGAUAUAUGGUGCUCUUGGAGCGGGGAAUUGAGCUGCGUUAGUCUAAAUGGGCGAGGGAUAACCUCAUUUGACCGGAGAUUUUACGAGAUGACGAUGCGAGUUUACAAGAAAUAGAAUGCCGU